CAUUUUAGUAAUUACUCAAUCUGGCAACGUACGCGAAUUGCUGGAGAAGAAAAAUUUCACUCCAGCCAGUUGGUUGAAAAAUAUAAGAAAAUUGUAUAAAAUUACUUGAAAAAUUUCUUAAACUUAAUAGAAAAUAUAGUUAACAAUGUAAAUAUAUUGGAAACAAUAUUUAAUUCUUCAUUUUAAUACCUUCAAAGAUAAUUGAGAAUAUGUGAUUGAUUUGUUGACGUAGGCUUCCGUGAAUGUUGUUUUUCAGGCAGAAAGUGCACCGAACUGUGUUUUGAAACACAUUAAAAAAUUUAUAGCAAAUUACACUGCUUGUUAUAAAUAAAUAAAAAUGUAUUCUGAAUGGGUAUCGCUAUCUUCACAAAUCUCGGCCGACAGCUGUGCAGCACAGUCUUGCAGUGUGCUCAAUAAAUUCCCAGCUUCUGCAGGUCGUGAGGUCACCGUUUCGGUAGUGCGUCAGUUGGCAAGCAACUUGGGUAUUACCCAAAAUGCAGAACCAAGCCAUUUGGUGCGCGACGAAGAGGUCAACUGGUGCAUGGAUGUAAUAUGUUUUGGGCUAUCAUUGCCGUUACAAGAGCACGAGACCAUAAAGGAUUGUGUAAAUGUUUACUGUGAGUGGUUGACAGCUUUACAUCCGCAGCCGCGCAUCAGCGUGCCGAAACCAAUUUGCGAAGAUGCAAAUAUGUAUUGCCGGAAAAUCGUCAGUCAUUUUCACAAUCUAUUUGUGCCGCGGCAAGGAGAGAUCUUGCCAUUUAUAUAUCAAAGCUCGCUUGGCGCCGACACAAUUAAUCGACAAGCCGUGCUAUGUCAUCGCGUGCUGCGUACCCUUCAGCAGACUGCACAAAUCUCUCAAACAAUGGAUCGAAAAACCUGGGAGGCCUUGCUGCUCUUCCUACUCGCCAUCAAUGAGGUUUUACUUGCGCCGCCUACCGUGAAGGACGAUGUUGGUGACCAGCUAUGUGAAAGAGUGCUCUCAGUACUUUUUGAAGUGUGGUUAUUAGCUUGCGUGCGUUGUUUUCCUUCGCCUUCGUUGUGGAAAACUUUACAAGAAUCUUGCGCCAUGUGGCGUCAUCGUAUGGCUCUGAUUGAUCAGUGGAAUCGUGUUAAUUUAGCAUUAACUGCACGUCUACUAGAGUUUACAUAUGGCCCAGCAUUUCCAGAAUUGAAGAUAUCUGAUGAAGAUGCGCAACUCAUACCUGCAGAUAUGACAAAUGACUGCGUAGCACAAACCUGGUAUCGUUUGUUACGCACAAUAGGCAAUCCUACUGCGUUGUGCUCGCCACAUAUUAUAAGCAAAUCUUCGCAUUUCAUGCAGUGGGCACUGACACAUGAUAAGGGCGCUGAGACCUACCAACAUCCGUGCUUGCAGGCAUUGCCUCAAAUAUUUUUGAAAGCAAUUAAAGGCAUUUCCAAUCAAGUCGACGCAUUUCUGGGCAUUUAUCGACCACCACCGCAUCAGGCAGAAGACGCAAUUACAAAUUUACUUGACAUACGCCUCUCACUUAACGAGGCGACAGCCUCUUCAAUAACCACGGGCAUUCACAAUUUUUUCCACCACGGCAGCAAUAGUGCACUGAAUUCUAGCAGUGGUAAUGCAAACCACGCUGCAAAUGCAGCCAAUAUUGCACAUCAGCAUCAGCAACACCAUCACCACCAUCACUACCAUCCACAUCUGCAUCUGCAUGGUGCUGGGCAUUUUCUACGUGACAACUUCAUCAGCGGCUCAGCUAGCUCAGCACUAAAUGCUAUUAUGGGUCAUCAUGGCAGCGCGUCCACGCCAUCGAGCGCUGGCGUUAAUGUCACUGGCAGCGGUAACGCUGCGGGCAACACCAGUGGCAGCGGCAGUCAAUCUGCCGGUGUUGUUGGUUCCAUAUCGUUCGGUACACCACUGAGCGCCAUGACAACAGUCACAUCGGCCUCAGCGUCGGCCGUGGAUGGUUCGCAGAUGAGUGCGCCGCAAGCACAGCAGCUGCCAUACUCACCUACACCACCGUUACAGCGUCGCUUGGCAAAGAGUUUCAGCGUAGCGCCCGCACUGGGCAAUAACAGCGGCGGCAGUAGCAGCAUUAUGCAGCAAAAGGGCUUGAGCAAAGCCUCGCUUAUCGGCAUAACUGGUGCACGUUUAUCCACAACGCAAGCUCCCCUCACACCCACUUCUGGUCCGCCAUCCUCUAAUAGCUUAACAUCUCUGCCUUCGCUUGGCUUCGAGCAUCGUCCACCGUUGGCUGUGGCUCGCCCCAAAUGUAAUAGCAUUUUGCAUUUAUUUGGCGAAUGGUUAUUCGAGGCUGCACACAUAGGUGGCGACGCAUGGGUUUUAAAUACAAAGAAGCAAGCCAACGAAGCUAGCAAACGUCCAUCAUCGAUGAUUAUGGAGAAUCGUAAAGGCAGCAUUUCUCUCUCCCAACCGAAUUCCUUGAAUGAUCCGAACAGCUUACCACCCUCAUUAACCAUUGAUAAGUAUGAGUCGGGUCGUGCGGAGGCUAUUGGUACGUUGUGUAAGAUUUUCUGUGCUAAGAAGACGGGCGAAGAAAUUCUACCGGUAUAUUUGGCACGCUUCUACAUGGCCUUGCAGCAAUGUCUGAAGAUCACCGAGGCUAAGGAAUGUGAUGAGACUUUGGCUAGCAUUUUAUUGAACUCAUCCGAUCUGUUUCGGCUCGAUUUGAAUGGCGUACAAGUGUUGUUACCGGGUUUCAUAAGCGCGCUGGAGAUUGUUUUGCCCGAUAAGGAUUUGAAAAUCAAAACACAAGCAAUGCAUUUCAAUAAAACGGAAUUGCGUCGCGCAUCAAUUAAUAUUUUACUAUCAAUACUCACUCUGCCGCUGCACUUUCAAACGUUGCCAAUACGUGAUUUAACCAACGAAUCGACGGAGCGCAUCAUAACUUUUAUACAACUCAAACCGCGUUUAAUCAAUAUACUAAUGAAUGCUUUGCAAGUGGAAACCGAUGCUCAGAAUACGCAUAUGCUGCUCGGUGGUCUGUUAUUGACUGUUCAGGAUGCGGUCACUUUUGAGGAAACUGAAUUAGUUAGCACCGAUCAUUUGCAUGCUGCUUCGCCGGCGCCGGGCGAUACCAAUUUGCUGAGUUCGGCUUGCUCAGAACGUUCCGCAUCAAUCGCUAGUGCAGGUAACUCUAGCUUAGGCGGUCAUAGUACCGCAACCAUCGGUGGGGCAACAGGCAACACAUUUGCAGCCGGUGCUGGCAGCAGUGCUGCAGCCGGAGGUGGGUACGUUGGACGUGAUAACCUAUCACAACAUGAUUUCCCCAGCCUUACCAUAUCCGAUGAUUUCCCCAUGGAGUUGCUACAAGAGUUUGAGAGUGCUUCAGUUUAUGAUAAUGCACACGCCUUAUUCGUGCGCGCCACCUAUUUGGUCUGUCAUCGUUUGAUUUCAUCAUGGAAAACCGAUUUGAAUGUUUCUUUAGCCGCUCUGGAAUUGCUCUCCGGCUUGGCGCGCUUGCAUAUACGCGAUUCAGCCAGGAAAUUUACAACUGAAUCCUUAGUUAAAAUUGAAGAACCAAGUCAAAAUUUAACUAUAAUAUCCACAGACGCGUUAGAGUGUAAGCGAGCCGUGAAAUGGAUCUGCGAUUAUAUUUGUUAUCAGUGCUCGCGUCCACCACCAGCCCAUAGCAAAGACUUGCACAGCACCAUUGUGGCGGCCUUCCAAUGCACCUCGGCCUGGCUUAUGCAGCAUCCGUAUUUGUUGCAAGACAAGGAUUGUCUGCAAACCGUUUUGGAGGUUGUCGAGUUGGGCAUAUCGGGUACGAAGAGUGUGGGCAAAAGCGGCGAUAUACCGAAAUUCAAAGAUGAAAAGGAGCUCAAGCCCGCAUCGAUGCGUGUACGUGAUGCUGCCGAGAGCUUACUUACCAUUAUACUCGAGCAAGUUGGUUAUUUCCCUAGUGAAUGUGGCCCUGAAUCGAUUUCUUCGCUGCUGGAUGAAGUGGCUCUUAUGAAACAUUGUAAUUCGAUGCCGGACAGUUCGGGUAAUGGUGGUGGCUCAUCGAUAACCACAGAGCAGGCUAUUGCAAAGUUCAAGUAUUUCGUUACGGAGAACUCGACUAUUUUGGCACUUUUGGAGGAGCCGUUAGGCAAUGCAGAAGAUCCACAGCCUACGGUCACAUUAUUAAUACGCGGUCCCUUCGGACGUCAUGCAUGGACCAUGCAAUUACGACAUUUACCACGCAGCAAGUCGGGCACCAAAUAUCAUGCCGUCAAUCCAGGUCGUCCCAUUCCCAUGAAUGACACACCACAACGCAUUGAAUUCGAUCAGAAGUUCUUUCCCGAUGGUGUUGACAAGGUAACACCCUGUGUUGCGGACUAUUCCAUACCAACACUCGAACAGAUUCGUGAACAAUAUGGCACAGAUAGCAUACGUCAACUUGAGACUAUGAUUGAGAAUCAAAGUAUUGAUGAGAAACUGGCUUGGGCUGCCACCGAUAACAGUGCGGAUAGCCUCUCCCAUGCACAGGAAAGUGUACCACCCUCGGUAUGCCAUGAAUUCCAGGCUGCACGACUCUUUCUCUCACAUUUCGGCUUUCUAACAUUCGAGGAGCGCAAUCCGAAUAAUCCAUCCGAGUCGCUUGGCGCACCAGUACAACGCCCACUAAUUGUGCUCGAUACAAAACGCAGCCAAUUUGCGCAGGAAUUGGGUAUGCUGGAUAAGUUGAGCGCGCGUACUUAUGAUACCGUACACGUAUUCUAUGUGAAGUCGGGUCAAAGCACGGCGCAAGAGAUUAUCAGCAAUAUGAGCGACGAGCAUGUGCGGUCAUUGGAUGCGCACUUUGGAAAUAUGUUGCUGACGUUAGGUUGGCCGGUCGAUCUGGAGGAACAUUCCGCCUGGACAGGUUUGGUUAGCACAUCGUGGUCGCUUAAGACCACCAAUCAAACCGAGCCCGCAAAGCACACGCAUAGUCGUUUCAACCCAACCGCAGCCAACCAUAACGAUUUGCGCUUCAACGGCGAGUCCAAGGUGCUCUACUGGGCUGAUGUUAGCUCCGAAAUAGCUUUCGUCGUACCAACCGAAUGGAACUUGCAAUGCGAAGCGGACGGCAGCUGUCUUUCGCUUUGCUCCUCUCAUUCCUCGGGCGAUAGCCUGCAAUCAGCAGCAUCGGGUGGCAAUGUUUGGGCACGCGCAUCAGACUCAAGUGCCGAAAAUGUCAAAACACAAAAAUCACGGAAUCUCUCUUUGGAAUUGGAUACAAAAGGUGCCAGCGCCAAAGAUCCAAUACCACCUACGCGUCGCAAAACGAAUGCAAUGAAGCCGGCACUGCAGGCGCAACCGCCAGCGAAGAUUUUCCUUGUUUGGCUGGAAUCUUUCGAGGAUCAUCUGAAUUUUCCAAUAGAUGAUUUAUUGGGCUACACACGCACCGGCGAGGAAACUCAAUCGCUACAAAUGCCGCGCGCCAGCGACUGUCAUGUCAUAUAUUUGCAUGCAUUGCAAUCUGGUUUGCUGCGCGUGAAAUUACAGGGGCCCACGGGACGUAUGAGUUUCGCCACACCCUUAGUAGAUGGCAUGGUCUUAAGUCGGCGUGUGGUGGGCAACUUAGUGCGCCAAACUGCGCAUAAUAUGGCUAAGCGUCGGCGUUUGGAUAACGAUAAUUUCCAGCCGCCGCACGUACGCCGCAGACUCAAAGUACAGGACAUUGUGCAGAAAUAUAAAAUGGAUUUGAGUGAACCAGAAUUGCUGGCACAUCUAUUCAAAAGCGCUUUCUAAGCGUUUAGUAUUAUAUUUACACACAAACAUACAUUCAAUGUUUAUACUUAGAUACAAUAACGUAUUAACCAAUGCCUUUACUGACUCUACUACUUGAACUAUUUGGCAAGGUGCAGGGUUCUCUUUUAGUUUUAAUUUACAUAAUAUACUACCAUUAAGUAUUUAUUGAGAAAAUGUAUGUAUUUUGAACGAAAAUAUGUAAGCAAUGUAUUUAAUUGAAAUUCUCCACGUUUAACAUAACAUCUUCAACAAAUGUAAAUGCAAUAAAAUUAACAAAUGUUUGCUCCACAUGCAACAAACAGCAACAAUC